UAUUUUACGUGUUGAAAUUACUCGCUCCAGUUAAAGUCGCAUUGAAUUUAGUAAUUCAGUACUGCCCUGCAAGUUAUACAUAAAGCUACAUAAUGUAGUGUGGUGAUACCAGUGGGCUGUCUGUUUAAAAUAGUUUAAUACUCGCAGAACGUAAAUUAUUAUUGUUCAUUUUACGGUAUUGAAAUUUAACACUGAUUUUGCACUUUAUUUAAGACGCGAACAGUGUAUUAUGUCAAGAGUUUUUGUGUCCCAUAUCUUAGCGCUGCAGAUAAAUGUGAUUGUGCUUUACAUUCAUUAAGGACUAAACAUCGCUUGAUCAUGCGCGUGCUGCUAGUUCUUGUUCCUUUCUUAGGGGUUUGUUUUGGCGUUACAUUAAAAGAGAAUAAAUAUGAAGGGAUAUACGUGGCCAUUCAAGAUAGUGUGACCGAGGAUCAAAACUUAAUCGGAAGAAUAAAGGAAAUCUUCACUGAUGCAUCGCGACUGCUGUUCAGAGCUACCGGAGAGCGUGUGUAUUUCGGCGAGAUCAACAUCGUCGUUCCGAAAUCCUGGUCACCACAGGGAGACGCCCAGCCAGUCCAACAGUCCGAGCGUGGAUACUUCAAGAUUGAAGACGGACAACUGAUAACCCCGAGGACAUUUGGCAAUGAUAUUUGUGGACUAGGAGGAACGUACACUUAUCUCCCCUUGUCAUUCGUCAAGAACACAUCCAGGACUGAUUUUGGAAAACACGAGAACGUUCUCGUUCACGAAUGGGCACAGCUACGGUGGGGCGUGUUUUCGGAAUACGGUACCGAUGAGGAAGCCAAAGGUUAUUUCUACCAAGCUCAAGGGAAAUGGAAACCCACAAGCUGCAAUGGGAACGUCAAAGGCCGUGUGGGGCUCGGUACAGACUGUAAACCUAGCCCAUGGUGUGAUACAGAUGACAUAACACGUCGCAUCCAUCCCGAAUGUCGAUUCUGUCCUGAUCUUACACAACCGGAAGCAGGGGCGUCCAUCAUGGAUAAUCAAUUUGUGGACCAACUUGACCUGUUUUGUGACGACGCUGUCGGCACACCUGCAGCGCAAAGACACAACAAAUUUGCAACGAACAAACAGAACCUGUAUUGUAAUUACAAGAGCGUUUGGGCUGUCAUGAGGGAACAUUCUGAUUUUCUGGGAGUUCACAGUCGACCUCUCCCCAACGACACUGACACUACACCAGUAUUCAACAUUUUACAGGAAUCAAAGAGCAAAAUUGUGUUUGUCCUGGAUACAUCUGGUAGUAUGAAAGAUGACUCACCAUCGAGGAUUGUACGAUUGCAUGAAACCGGCAAAUACAUAAUCGAGAAUGAAGAGGAGAUAUGUGAUGAUAGCUACCUCGGAAUCGUGUGGUUUAGUUCAAGCGCAUCUGUCAAGAAAGCAAUUACUAAGGUCGACAGUAAAGCCACGAGGGAUGCUCUAGUUAACGCUCUCCCAACGAAUCCCGAUGGCGGUACAUGUAUCGGAUGUGGACUCAAACUUGCUAUAGAUGAAAUUAUAAAUACCUUCCCCAAAUCAACAAGACAUUCGGAGAUUAUGCUCAUGUCUGAUGGUAAAGAGACAGAGAGCAACUUAACAAUAACAGAGCAGGCAAACCGAGCAAAAAAUCUGGGUAUACGGAUUCAUACAGUCGCUAUCUCAAACCAGGCUUCUGUACGACUCGCCGACGUUGCGAGAAUUACUGGCGGGAAAAGCCUUUUUCUGGAGAUAGGAGGAGCUAAUACGUUUGUGUCUGUCUUGUCAAAAGCAUUGGCAAAGAGUAUAACUGGGGGCGGAUGUAAAUCGGAGGAGAUGAGAUCAGGAACGGUUAAGGACAGCAGCGUGUUGAAAUUCAAUUUCACAAUAGAUACUGGAAUGGGAUUAAACACAACUGUUGCCAUAUUUCCCAGCCACCCAAACCUAAAAUAUGACUUUGAAAUAAAAGGUGCGGGUGGCUUCCACGAGACAAGUUCAGAUUUAAGUGAGACACCGCUCAUGGCACGGUUGGCUGGAGAGUUAACAAACGGUACAUAUUCUGUUGUUGUUAAUACAAAGCCUGAUACAGCUAUAAACUGGGAGUAUGAUGUGAAAUCUAAACCAAAGGAUAGCAAUCAAGUUACCGUGACGACCCGUUUCCUCGAUGACGUUGUUUAUACUGACGUGUUGAAGGGGAACGCUCCUGUUUUGAGUGCCAAAGUCAGCGCCAAGUCUGGAAAUUGUUUUGUAUUUUUACUGGACAAUGGAAAAGGUAAAGACAUUUCAGCAGGUGAUGGCACUUACACAGGAAAAUUUAGAUGUUCCAAAGCAGGCCGAAGUGAAACCCGAGUCAUUGUGAAGGCAAAUUCAAUUAUUAUUGUAACUGGCAUUGUCGGCGCGGCAACUCUUAACCCAGACGCUUUUGAAAAAAAUGUUAUCGAGGAAAGUUUUGAAAGGUUUUCUCUUGUUGAGGAUGCCGAAUUAUCUCCAACAACGAUCGGGGAUACUUCACCCCCUGGUCGAAUUACUGAUCUCCGAAUAGAAGAUGUGGAAACGAAUGGAAACACCCGACAUUUUACUAUACGCUGGACAGCAACGGGUGACGACAGUUACACUGGUCAAGCAACAAAGUAUCAACUCCGAUACGCAACCGACUUCGACACUUUGUUAAAUAAUUUCGAAAAUGCGCAAGAUCUGGACAUUGGUCAACAAAACCUUGAACCUAGAGACACAGGCGAAGAUGAGACUGUCGAUAUUUCUGUAACAGCUGAAGAGGAAUUUAUCGAGACAGCUUUUUUGGUCAUCAGAGCAGUAGAUGAGGUUGGAAAUGAGGGAGCUAUGUCUAAUAUUGUGUCAAUAGUUAUAGCAAAUGGAUCUAAGAUGUCCUUUAACGGACGAACGAAUCAUACAUACAGUCCAAACCGUAUUGUGGAUAAGAAAACCAACGUGGGGGUAAUUAUUGGAGCUGUGAUUGGAACAACAGUGCCUGUUAUCAUCGUUAUUGCAGUAAUCGUCGUUAUCAUUUUACGACGGCGUAAACUGAAGGAGAAAUCACAAUCCACGGAAGAUCCACAAAAAGAAGAUACGUGUGACAUUCCGAUGCUUCCAGAAAGCACUCCGGCAAAUGACCAGAAAAAACAAACACCAAUCAUCUACAAGGGAUACAGAAGUCAUGGUCAAUUGGUGGUUCAUUAGAAUCAUUUGGAUAGUCGAAAACUUAGUAUUACCAUUGUGGUGUAUAUGUUUGGAUAGUCGAUAACUUAGUAUUACCAUUGUGGUUUCAAUUUACGAAAGGUUACUGUAAAUUUGUACGUUGACACCUUAAGAUGUUCAUUCAAUUAGGACUAAACAUCGCUUGACCAUGCGCGUACUGCUCGUUCUUGUUUGUUUCUUAGGGAUGUGUUUUGGCGUUUCAUUAAAAGCCAAUACGUAUGAAGGGAUAUACGUAGCCAUUCAAAAUAGUGUGAUCGAAUCAAAUCUUAAUCGGAAGAAUAAAGGUAAUCUUGGGGUAAUUAUCAUUUUUCUAUUAGCAUAUCAAAAUUAAGGUCUAAGACGGUAGAGGGCGUACGUUGUUUUAUUAUUGAUUAUACUAUUGUAUUAAUAUUCCAAAAAGGAUGAACAAAUGUCGAAAGAAAUGGUGCUUAUGAAGGAUACCAAGUUAAAUUUGAAAGAAAAGGUGCAGAAACAACGGUAUUUCUACCAUAUGAGACGAUGGUUAAUCACUGUUAAUCUUUUAGCACUCACCAAUCAUUUGAUAUAUUUGCGUUUUCAGCUAUUUAAACAAGAAUACAAUCUUGUUAUCAGUAAAAAAAAAAAUCCAUAAAUGUAUUAUCAAGUAAGUAGUUAAAGAUUUAUCACUUAAAACUGAUGUUUGUCAUACAUUUGUAUGUAUCCUUCAAUAGAACAAUUAUUUUCGACAUUUAUUCAUCCUUUUUAGAUAUCAAAACAUUUGUAUUAAUUGUGAUAAACCUUAUUUGACUUGAAUACGUCUCAAAAAAAUAAAUUGAUCUGUUGUACAGUUAUGUGUGCAUUCAUUCAUUUGUAAAGCACAUUCAUUGAUGUAAACGAACGUUGGAUAAGCAUUAAAAAAUGUCUUUAAUCUUAUUUCAUUGACAAUAUCACAAAUGCAUUUGAUACAGAAUGUUACAUUUUGUAAAUGAAAAUGAUUGAUAUGUUACAGUGCUGAUUGUGUAUAUGAUUUUUCAUGCUUUCACUUUGCUGACUAUAUACCAGUCUUUUACAUUGCUUUACGUAAACCAUUUUUUUUGUAUUGGAUUAUUAAACGUAGGUCUAAAAAGCGUUA